CUUUGUUUUUCUUUGUUGGAAUACAAAAGAUAGAGAAAGUGGUGAUACAGCGAAAAAGGUUGGGUCCUUGAAUUUUCAUUGGACAACCUUGCCUACUAAUGUCGUGGGUGCCCACUAGCAGCUUUUUUGUCUUUUUUUUUUUUUUUCUUAUUUUCGCUUCCCUGCUACUUCUUCAUCCUUUAAUCACCCUUCUUUCUUUCUCUCUCUUAAUUGUGUUAUAACUUGGUAUAUAUAAUAUAUAUUUAACACUUGUUGAUAAGUGUUUCUUUUUAUUUUCUGGCCCUCUCAACAGUAAUGAUUUUCUCGUUACGGGUAUCGUUGUUGAGGAAUCUGAGGAGUUUUGGUUGUGAAAAAGUAGCAGUUAUAGCAUUAGAAAAACAACAGGUAGAAGAAGAAGAAGAACAUCACCAAAAAAACAAAAACAGGAUACGCCGGUGCACGAGUGCUUGAGGAAGGGCAAAGAGGAAGCAAAGCUUUGGGUUUGAUUGAUGUGAUCAUUCAAACAAACGGCUAUAUCAAAGUUCCUUUUUUUUUUAUAAUUUUGUUUUAUCAUUUUUUAACCACUCUAUAUUUGGCUUCUGGAGUGGUUGGUUGUUUUUUUUUUUAAUUUUUGGUUCUUGGUUCCUUUAGCCUUUUUUCUUCAAGCUCUAUUUCCCUGUUUUAUUUGGGGAGUCUGGUCUGUUUUCUAUGUCUCAACAAAGGCAAUUUCAGAUGGUGGGUGGUAACAAUCCAGGGCAGUAUAAUGACACAACUUUUACAAAAAUUUUUGUUGGUGGAUUAGCUUGGGAAACUCAAAGAGAUACCAUGAGGCGUUAUUUUGAGCAAUUUGGAGAGAUUCUUGAGGCUGUGGUAAUCACAGAUAAGAAUACAGGGAGAUCCAAGGGUUAUGGCUUUGUUACCUUUAAGGAUCCAGAGGCAGCUAUGAGAGCAUGUCAAAACCCUUCUCCUAUCAUUGAUGGAAGGAGAGCAAACUGCAAUCUUGCUUCAUUUGGUGCACAAAAGACUCGUCCAACAACUCCUCAAUACGGGGCAGGACGGUUUAGAGCACCUGGAUUGAUGGCACCGCCUGGUUAUCAUGGUUCCUCAUCAACUUAUAUCCAACAUCCUACCGGUCAAUAUUCAAUUCCUUUCUCAGCUUACGGGUAUACUGGAUAUUCACAAGACAACAUUUAUCCUUUGAACUAUUAUAGUCUCUUUGGAGGUCAACAAUUUUCACCUUACUACACUACCGGGGCAUCAGUGACACCGGGGAUUUUUCAUAAUUUUUAUCCAUAUUAUGCUCAAUAUGCACAAAAUAGCCAAGCUCAUGGUUUUGGAGUUCAAUAUCCCCAAAUGGUACAAUAUCCUUUUUUGCCUCACCAGUAUAACUCGACGGGAAUCCUAUCACUUCCAUCUUCAAUGCCUAUUACAGCAACUACUGCAGGUGUUGCAACUACAACUACAGCAACUGCAGCAGCAGUGGUAGCAACAACUACAACAACUACAACAACAACAACAACAACAACAGCAACAACAGAAGUAACAACACCACCAAUAACUGCAUCACUACCCCCAGCAACAACAGCAACAACUGGGGUGGUGGGAACAGUGCCAGGCCCUUCACAAGCUUCUGGGAAACCUACUGAGAAGAAACCAUCAAGUUAAUCUGUGUUGAGGGAUACAGUGUCUUCUACCUGACAAUCAAGAUCUUUUGAAAGGGAAGUAAAGGUCAAGCAAAAAGGAAACAUUUGAAUAAAAGGAAUACAACAAUUUAUUGAUUCAAAGGAAUGAUGGUUCAUGCCUGAUCACCAAGCAUAACAAGGGAUGGAACUAAAGAACUUCAGAAGGGGAUUGUUCAUUCAUGGAACGGGCGCUUUAGAUUUAAACCUCGCUCCACUAACUGUCUACAAUUCAUUCUCAUUUCAUGCCCGAUAGGAUUGUCUUAUUAUCAUCAUCUUUAGUCACCAAUUCAUCAUACAUGUUUGGUCUAGGAUAGUAGGGAGUCUUAAUUAGUUGUUAGCAUUAGGAGAAGAAAUCAUAUUCAUUCAUGUAUUUGCAUCAGGUGGAAACUAAAUAUUGGCUUUGGAUUCUACCUUAGACACUAAUUAUUAGAUGAUUUUGUCUCGGUUGCAGAGAGCAUCCGAUGACAGUCUUGUUCAUACUGGUGGCAAGUGGUUCAGAAGAUUGAUUUUGUAUCUUUGAACCCAAAUUUGAUUGGUUGGUCAAGAAAAAAGGCGAGCUUGGAUGGCUCACCCAUUAGCUUAUAAUUUUUUUUUUUGUUUGUUCAUUAUUCAUGAUUGAUAUUUUUUCAAAGAUAGGAUUAGUUGGGAUAAUAAGAUGCUAUUAAUUCCUUUUCUUUUUUUUAACAGAUAAUCGUCGCUUUUGUCCUUCAUCUUUCGCUUUCAUUGGCUAUUCUUUUUAAUUAAUAGAUCAAAUCCUUCUUUUCCAUGAUCAUCACUUUUGGGGUUUGAUGCAUGUGUUUGGAAUCCAAGGGGAUCGCAUCUCACAAAAAAGAGGUCAAUUGUCGGAGGGUAUACCUUUUGCUUGUUUCGGAGUCAAGCAUGCCGCUUGUAUCAUAUCAUGCUUCUGAGUUUUGAUCCUUCCAAUUCAAUGAAAGCCCGGAAAAGUUUCUUCUAUAAAAAUGAUGGGAAAAUAAAUCCAACAGAUCAUCUGAAGUGUGUCAAAAGAAGAAAUAGGAGAAAUACGGCUGUAGCUUUUACACCCUCCAACUCCAAUUAAUAAACUACCGUAAAGGGAUUUUUUUUUCUUUUGGGCUUCUCCUCUGUUCUCAGCAACUGUUACAAAAUAUAAAAGUUGCAACAACGAAGUUGGUCGGUUCCAAAACAUUUAAAAAUGGUAAUUGUUUAACAUGUCAUCAUUGUCAUUGUUGAGGAAUGAGUAUGAAAGGUUCUUGUAUUAGUUAAUUUUCUCUCAGGGUCGUCUGGUUUUAGGCAUUUUUACUUUAGUGUUGGGUCAUUAUCUGUUUUACUUUUCUGGUAGUACUUGCAUUUGGCGCAAUUGUCCAAGAUGGGCCAACCAGCAUGUUGCAUGGCAGAAGGCGUCACAUUCUCAGUUGGUCUGAAAUUCACUUCUCUUUUUUAUCGAUGGUUUGGUAAGAUUUAGAUCUUAUAAAACAAUCUUAGCAACAUUUUUAAUUUAAUAUUGCUCUUAUUUUGAUACAAACUGCAAGAAAAGUAGACCUAAUUUAUCUAAAUGAAUAAGAAAAUAUUUUGUAACGAUUCAAUUCGC